GUUGUUCCAACAGUGGCAGGAUGAAUGACCUGUAGAUGUCUAUUUCACACGCGCCUACCAAAUCCCCUUUCUGUGUCUCCACUACUCAAACCCUAACCCUAACCAUUUCUCAUUGAUUCAAUCGAUCUUCUUCCAGUUAAAUCUCGUAUGAAUCUCGAUUGCGGAUUAAGAACCAGAUCCUGCCGUGUGAUCCAGGACACUUCCAUGGCGGUUGCCGCAUCGGACCUUGAAGAAGACGAUGACGGUUUGAGGCAGAGUUGUUGGGCGAAUAUGCCGCAGGAGCUGCUUCGUGAGGUGUUGAUCAGGAUCGAAUCGUCGGAGAAUAAGUGGCCGUCGAGGAAGGAUGUUGUCAGAUGUGCUACUGUUUGCCGGAGUUGGAGAGAGAUCAUGAAGGAGAUUGUUAAACGGCCUGAGAUUUCUGGAAUGUUGACUUUUCCGAUUUCGGUCAAACAGCCUGGUCCAAGAGAAUCUCUCCUUCAAUGCUUUAUAAAACGGAAGCGGUCUACUCAAACAUAUUUACUCUACCUUAAUUUGACUCAAGCACUUGCUGAUGAUGGGAAAUUUCUUCUUGCUGCUCGCAAGUUUAGACGCCCCACAUGUACCGAUUACAUCAUCUCUUUACAUGCCGAUGACAUGUCAAAGGGGAGCAGUAGAUAUAUUGGAAAAUUAAGAUCAAACUUUUUGGGAACCAAGUUCAUUGUAUAUGACGGUUUGCCACCUCAUGAUGGAGCUAAAAUGACAAAGAGUCGCUCCACCAAGUUUAUGGGCUCCACUCAAGUCUCUCCUAGGGUUCCUGCUGGAAGCUAUCCUGUAGCUCAUAUCUCAUACGAGUUGAACAUGCUGGGGUCCAGGGGUCCAAGAAGAAUGCAAUGCAUCAUGGAUCCCAUCCCUAGUUCCGCAAUUGAACCUGGAGGCGUGGCUCCCACACAAACCGAGUUCCCUCUUAGCAGCGGUGAAUCUUUUCCUUCAAUACCUUUCUUCAGAUCCAGAUCAAGCUGUACGGAAAAAAGUGGGCCUGGUAAUCAGAGAGACGAGCCUUUAGUCUUGAAAAACAAAUCGCCUAGGUGGCAUGAGCAGCUUCAGUGCUGGUGUCUGAAUUUCCAAGGACGGGUAACGGUUGCUUCAGUGAAAAACUUUCAGCUGGUAGCUACACCGCCAAGCGGACAAUCGGGCCCUCAAUAUGAAAAGGUUAUUCUCCAGUUUGGGAAAGUAGGGAAGGAUGUGUUUACGAUGGAUUAUCGCUACCCUAUAUCUGCUUUUCAAGCAUUUGCCAUCUGUCUUAGCAGCUUUGACACCAAGAUUGCUUGUGAAUGAUGUUGACUGACAGGAGCAAAUAAAAAUGGAAGUGUGAGAUGGAACUAAAGAUCUGAUCUGAAAAAGGGUAUGUAUAGAUGUUUCCAUGGCAUAAAAGCACUGGAAGGAAAUCCAAAAUCAUGUUCAUUCAUGGCUCUGCUUUUAUUUGUAUAUAGUUUUUAAUUCAUUUGAAUUUCAAAGUGUCUGCUUGUUUAUUUCACUUUUCGGUAUGUUUGCACUGACCUUUUUUUUUUCUUUUCUUUUUGAGUGUUACAGUUGAGUGAAGUUGUCCAAAAUGUCAACUUUUUUCAUAAAAUAAAAUAUGAUUUUUUUUUUUU